AUGCGAUUGGUGGUCAAGAUCCGCUUGGCAAAAGUUCUGCAUCUGCCCCAGAUGCCGCUCACCGCUUCCGUCCUGAGACAAGUUGAUGGUGGUACAUCUUUGCUGACGACGUUGUCAAACGUUUUAAGACCAGAGCGAAGCUUUUUUGCCCGAGUUCGAAUGGUUUUACUGGGUCUCGAUCACUGUCAAGCAUGGAAGCUUGCUGGAUAUAAUUACAAUUGCAUGACCCCGACGCCAAUCGACUCGCCCAAUAAUAUAGAGCGAACCCCUGCCGUGGGUAUCGUGGUUUCUGCCACUUUCCAAAGGUCGCCCAAAGGUGGUUUACCUGGAAUCUCGGAGAUGGAUCGCUCGGUAUUGAUGAAAGCCGAGCAUCAAGGUCUGCUCGUUGUUGUACCUUUAAAUGAAGCGUACACAUCAAAGUGUGCCAACAAGAGCCAGGAGAGAACACUGCAGCCUGUUCGUGACGAUGAAAACGAGGAACUACAUUCCAUCUUGGUCUGCAAAGAGGCAUCUUGCAAGACAAUGUGGAAGCAUGAUGUCGUCGCGAGCAAGAACAUUUACCAAAUGACCGCCAGUAUCGCAUCAGGCGAAGGGCGGCCUGAAAUAUUCCAACAUGCGCCGUUGUAA